AUGGCCUGUCCUUGCACGUGCAACCGAGGGUGUUCUUAUCGGGUUGUGGGAAGGAAGCACCAAUCUCGGCUUUUAACUCGGCUCGGCUCUCGCUUCAACUGCUCUUACUUGCACAUCACAGUUACUGCUACCACUACAAAACUACUGACGCGAAGGCGUGGGCCCUCCGCUAGUAUGGUACCAUCGUACGAAUUAACUGCAAAGCAAUCGGUACAAAGUUUUGCAAAUUGGUACGAAGUUUUGCGAGCUCUGGCUAUUGCUGAUAUCCAUCUAGUCUAUACCUCGUAG